UUUUUGCAUUGAUUCGUAAUGGCCAUUCAAUUAUUUGUUCUAUUGGUAAAGAACUUUAAGAGUUAUACGCGAUGCGAGAUGGUUUUGUAUCUGCUACUGCCGCUGCUAAUGAUACACUUGGUUUAUAUUAGAUGUUCCGUAAAUCAAGAGAAUUCCUCCCACUGUUUCUUACGGCGAAAUGGAACACUUGGGGAUAAUGUAAAGCUGAGUCCAUUGUAUAAUUUAAUGGAAAUGAUUGCCGAUGUAACACCCGAAAAAACACUUUUAUUAUACUCAAACAAGGAUUCAAUAGUCGAACCACUUAAGUCAGCUCUAUUUAAUAUCCUAAAGCUGAGAUCUGUUGAGCGUGUCAACUCUGAAGAAGAUAUGGAAAAUACCCUUAUAAACGAAAACUUCUUGGGGGGCAUUAUUUGGAGGGUGCAGGCUGGUGAAUACUUUGAGAACACUGACAUCACAGUUCGAUUUCCCAGUGCACUGCGAACGAUACCAACUGACUUGUGGAAUACCAAUCAAGUCAGGGGCGACAUGAACACACCACGACCGCUGUAUAUGAACGAAGGGUUCUUGCAGAUAAUGUAUGCCAUUGUGGCAUUUCUUGCAUAUCCUGCAGUCAGCAACAUAUUCAAAAGGCACAAGGAUGAUGGAAUAACGAUUGUAUCAAAGCCAUUUCUUAGCGAUGAAGAGUAUAAUGAAUACUUAGAUCCACAAAUACUGGACCCAAUGGGUACCACACUGGCAAAUGUAUUGCCCUUUUAUUUGAGUUCUCUUUACAUUUAUCCAUUUGUGCGUUUGGUUAUGCACAUGCAGAGGGAAAAGAACAAGCAACUCAAUGACUUGAUGAGCAUUUCCAGUGCAAAUCGGAUUACCCAAUAUCUCUCCUGGUUUACUUCUACCUUCAUUUUGGCCACUGUGAUUAACUUGUUGACUAUAUUCUUGCUUACGGCACCCAUCUGCAAAAAUGGCAACAUUUUGAAUUGUUCGAGCUUCACAGCCGUUUGGUGUUUCUUUACCAUUUGGACAGUGUGCGGCAUUUGUUUUUGUUUCUUAAUCCACAGUUUACUUCGAAGUGCCACAUUAGCUGCCAUUGUGAUUGUCUUCCUAUCGGUUUUGUGUUUCCUGUUGUAUAUCUAUGUGGAUGUCUCAAGAAUAGUUGUGCGCUAUCCAUUGUGCCUGGUGUACCAGUUUGGAUUCCUAACUGGCCUGCGAAAAAUACUUUACUACGAGAAGUACGAUAACACGGGACUGCAGUGGCAUCAUUUCCUGAGAGGAAAUUUCUACAAUAGUUUUGCCGUAAUAUCCAUCAUAAUGCUGAUGGCUGCCUUCACUUUUCUGGUGUUGUGCCUAACUGUCGAGCUGUGCUGCCCGGGCAAGUACGGAGUGUCCAUAUUGCGCUUUCGAAGUAAUCAAGACGCGUUGAGCUGCCAGCAGAACUUUCAAAGGACUCGCCAUUUGAGCCCAGCCGUGGUGCAGGCGUGCAUUUUGCAUAAGAGUCAACGCCGAAAGCCGCCACUGACCAAUUUCGCCAUGAAUAUGUACGAUGAUCAGAUCACGGUCAUAUUGGGACUAUCCGAUUCGGGCAAGUCCGCUGUUAUCAACUCCAUUUCGGGCAGCAUUCCGCCCCAAUCGGGCUGGGUGAAAAUUGACGAUAGAGACAUAGCGAGGACGAGUAGAACUGCGGUGGGAUUGUCGCCCCAGCAUAAUCCAUUGUUUGCCAAUCUGAGCGUCAAAGAGAACAUGUACUUCUUCUAUUCGCUGCGGAAUGUGAGCGCCCAUGUCAGAACUCGUUCCACGGAAAGAUAUUUGCAGGCCCUCGAGCUGUGGCAAGUUAGGAAUGUGAAAAGCCGCUGCCUGCACAGAGCCGACAGGCGGCGACUAUCCGUGGCCUGUGCCUUUUGUGGCAAUCCACGGAUUGUCGUGCUCGAUGAACCCAGCGAGGGUCUGGAACCCUGCGAGCGACGAUUGCUGUGGGAUUUGCUGCAAUCGGAGAAGCGUUGCAGGACUUUGAUAGUCACAACUUAUCAUAUCGAAGAGGCGGAUGUUCUGGGCGAUCGUUUGGCCAUACUAUGCGAUGGCCAAUUGCUUUUUAAUGGCACUUCCACGUUUCUAAAGAACACUCAUGGCUCUGGCUAUCAAUUGGUCUGUUCGCAAGGUGAAAUAUGCGAGGAGCCACAGAUAACAUCUUUAGUGCUGCAGUACAUACCAGAGACGAGUGCAUCCUCUGACAAGCCAUUUGAAAUUGCCUACAACAUACCCCAGGACUACUGUCGCAACAUUGUGCCAUUGCUUCGGCAGCUGGAGCACGGAGCUAAUUGCUUUAAUAUGGGUGCCAUUGGCAUUGGCACCAUGCCCGUUAUAAAUAAAUUUGUCAAGGCCACAUCCCCGGGCUCUGACGCUUACAGGGGCAACUUUGCAAGCAGCUCGCCCGAACCCGAUGAAAGUCUAUUUGGCUUUUUGGGUUUAUUUUGCACUGAACCCAACCGACCCAUGGAAACGCUUACGAAAAACAUCAACUUCAAUCAUCAUCCCUAUCCAUCCAUUCAGUUGAGUGAAAAUUCCACAGUGCGUCAAAUUGAUUGCUUCGAGAGUGGCCCAUUGUAUUUGAAUCUGUUUUGUGUCAGUAUCUUCAGCGGGUUCUUUGCCGCCUACAUUGUCAGGGAGCGACGCAUUGGGUUCAAGUUGAUGCAACAAGUGGAGGGCAUUAAUAUGACUACAUUCUGGCUCUCCCACUUAUUCUGGGACUGGAUGUGUCUUUCCAUAUUUUCCGUAUCGCUGGUUAUACUCAUGACGCUGCUUCUCCAUAAGAAUUUCGAUGAAGAGACACGUAAAGUUUGA